AUGGAAGUGGUGCCAUGGAGCCCACAAGGCCUGAGUCGACCCCAAGCUGUGAGGGAGCUCAGAGCUGUGGGCUCCAGGAUCCAGGCUACCCGCCCACGCCAACAUGCGCACUGCGGCGCAGCACCUGCACUCUGCGCAGCGCUGGCCCUUCAAAUCGGUGGCAAACAGCAAAGACCAUCUCGUGCUUGCAUCGCCCGAUCUUCCAUGCAGGGCCCCUUGGAGCGGCAUCUCUGGGAAGCCGGCAAUUCGUAUGACCUGCUGGAAGUGACAGUACGGCAAGGAGAGCACACGAUCAAGCUCAAGCGCUACGCCGAACAAGGCAGAUCCGGCAAAGCAGCUGUUCUCAUCCUUCAUGACGGGCCAGGAUUGCCUUCCCGGUAUUUGGAGCCCCUGGCAGCUAGACUCUGUGCCGGCAGAAUCUGCUUCAUGUACGACCAGUUGGGCUGUGGCAUCUCUGCAGCGAAUGGCAGCCUCAGCGAGGAGGGCGAGAUCCAGCCUGCUGUGGCCGACCUUCGCGACGUUCUCAUGUUCCUGCGUGAGCUUGGGCAGGCCGAAGUUCAUGUCGUGGCACAUGGAUUCGGAGGUGCACUCAUCAUGCAAGCCAUGGUCCGCGAUCGGCUCUGGAGCGAUCCAGCCGAAAGCCUCAUUCCACAGCUCAAGUCGGUUUGCUUGAUUGGUGUGCCCUGCAACGUGGCGCAGGCGGAUGCUGAGGCCCACUCUCUCAUGGAAGCAUGCGUGACGGAAGUUGGAGAUUCGGAUGCCGCAAAGUCCUUUUGGUAUCGCCACGUUUGUGCACUGAAGCCACAGCCGGAAUGCUUGGGUGAGGCCUACAAGUCGAGCUUUGGUCAGCGAUGGGGACCUCUUCGUGGCUGGGACUGGAAGCUUGAGAGCCCCGAUGGGACGCUGGUGGGACGCUGGAUGCUGCGUGGCAAAGGUGCCCUGCCAGAUUGGGACCUGAAGCGGACAGAGGUCGAACAUCUCUACGCGCGGGAGGCCAGCUUGCCUCCGAUCUUGUGCUUGAGAGGGCAGCACGACUUCGUGACCAAGGACUGCCUCGAUGCAUGGCGAGGCGUUGCAGAUGCCCGUGGCAGAGCAAGCGGCUACUUCACAGAGAGCGAGCUAGGAGGGUGCGGCCACCAUGCACACCUGGAAGCUCCAGAUCCAGUGGCCGCUACGCUACGUCUUUGGCUUCUUGAUGUGGAGGAUGGUGGCUUGUUCCGCUGCGAUGAGCCUGAACCACCACCAGAGCAUUCUGCUGCGGCCAAGCACUGCCGGCCGCUGUGGCGUGAGGAAGCCAGACAGGCGCUGGCAGAUUGGGCCUCGCAGAUGUGUUGGGAGUCCGCACGCCGAGCCCCAGAGAGGCCAGGAGCCUGGCGAUCUGUGGGCCAAGGCCUCCCGCACCGAGACGCCUUUGCCCCAUCACGUACAGCCCGGCGACUGGCAGAGUGGGCGUGGGAACUGCCGACACAAGAGUGUGGCUCUGCGGCGCAGACCAACACGCCAGAGGUUUGCACCAUUGGCACCCUUCUGGAG